UGUUCGUGAAGACACGACAAAGAAAGGAUCUGUGUUUUCUGUGUCUGAUAAAAAUCUGACGAGACAACGACAAGGGGCUGUGUUCAUUGUUUGAGUGGAAGACAAGGUGUCCGUCUUAGAAGAGAACAUGCUCUUGGGUAUAUAGAAGUUCAUAAACUUCAUUUGUUGACCAGGUGCACUUUAUAUGGAUGUUAUAAUAUUCUACUGUAUUUUGGAGGGUUCGUGGAUGGUCUUUCGGUAAAAUGGAAAACUCUCUCGAUUUGGCAAGUUAUGGUUUUUAGUGCAUGUUGCAUUUUUUCAUACUUCAUGCUGCUCGAAGAAGCAUGGUUGGAUCGUCCUGGGAAAAUUUGCUGUGUAGAUUUUAAUGCUGAAACGUUGACUGCAAAACUGUUAUUAUGUAUCAACGUCGAGGAGUGGAAGACAUCUUGGAGAAAGAUCAGGGCAAAUGGGCGCUGCUUCGUAACAUUAACCAGGCGGUAAAACCAAGCACUCUACUACCGGGGGAUUAUGUCUGGUUGGACCUUAAGACAGGUCGGGAAUUUGAUGUCCCAGUUGGAGCGGUGGUUAAGCUGUGUGAUUCAGGCCAGAUCCAAGUACUGGAUGAUGAAGGCAAUGAACACUGGAUUUCACCUCAAAAUGCUACUCAUAUCAAGCCAAUGCACCCAACCUCGAUUCAUGGAGUAGAAGAUAUGAUUCGAUUAGGAGACCUCAAUGAGGCAGGAAUCCUUCGAAAUCUGCUCAUUCGAUACCGUGAACACCUCAUAUAUACUAACUGUGGAGGACGGACAUACACAGGUUCUAUUUUAGUUGCAGUGAAUCCCUACCAGUUACUGCCUAUCUACACCCCAGACCAGAUUCGCCUGUACACCAACAAGAAGAUUGGAGAAAUGCCACCCCACAUCUUUGCCAUAGCAGAUAACUGCUACUUCAAUAUGCAACGUAACAACAAGGACCAGUGCUGCAUUAUUAGUGGUGAAUCAGGAGCUGGGAAGACAGAAAGUACCAAGUUGAUCUUGCAGUUCCUUGCAGCGAUUAGCGGGCAACAUUCAUGGAUAGAGCAACAGGUGCUGGAGGCCAACCCUAUCUUAGAGGCUUUUGGGAACGCCAAGACUAUUCGCAAUGACAAUUCCAGCCGGUUUGGUAAAUACAUUGAUAUACACUUCAAUAAGAAAGGAGCUAUUGAAGGGGCCAAGAUUGAGCAGUAUCUUCUUGAGAAGUCUCGUGUCUGCAGACAGGCUCAAGAUGAGAGAAAUUAUCACGUGUUCUACUGUAUGCUAAAAGGGAUGUCUCCAGAACAGAAGAAGAAAUUGGGACUUGGACAUGCCACUGACUACAACUACCUCUGUAUGGGUAACUGCACUACGUGUGAUGGAAGGGAUGAUAGUAAAGAAUAUGCCAACAUCCGCUCCGCCAUGAAAGUCCUGAUGUUUACUGAGACUGAAAACUGGGAGAUCUCCCGUCUCCUUGCUGCCAUAUUACACAUGGGAAACUUGCGCUAUGAACCCCGCAUGUAUGAUAAUUUAGACGCCUGCGAAGUAGUUUAUUCCACUUCAUUAACCACAGCAGCUACAUUACUUCAGGUUGAGCCUCAGGAUGUGAUGAACUGCCUCACAAGUCGUACCAUUAUAACCCGUGGUGAGACUGUGUCCACUCCCCUCAGCAUGGAACAGGCUCUGGAUGUCAGAGAUGCCUUUGUAAAGGGAAUUUAUGGAAGAUUAUUUGUGUGGAUUGUAGACAAGAUAAACGCUGCUAUUUACCGUCCGCCUUCUAAUGAGCCUAAAGUGGUCAGAAGGUCCAUUGGUCUGCUGGACAUCUUCGGGUUUGAAAACUUUACUGUGAACAGCUUUGAGCAGCUCUGCAUAAACUUUGCCAACGAGAACCUGCAGCAGUUCUUUGUACGUCACGUCUUCAAGUUGGAACAAGAGGAAUAUAACUUGGAGAACAUCAACUGGCAGCACAUUGAGUUCACAGAUAAUCAGGAUGCGUUGGAUAUGAUCGCUAUCAAACCCAUGAACAUCAUUUCACUCAUCGACGAGGAAAGCAAGUUUCCAAAGGGUACUGAUACCACGAUGCUGAAUAAAUUAAAUACCCAACAUAAAAUGAACACUUUUUACAUUCCCCCUAAAAAUAAUCAUGAGACGCAGUUUGGGAUCAAUCAUUUUGCUGGUAUCGUCUACUAUGAAACCAAAGGUUUCCUGGAGAAGAAUCGAGAUACUCUGCAUGGAGACAUCAUACAACUCGUUCAUUCCUCCAAGAACAAGUUCAUCAAGCAGAUCUUCCAAGCUGAUGUGGCAAUGUUUCUCUGUGGCUACCAAACCAGUGCUUUUGGCCUACCAUCAACCCCUCCUUCAAAGGGGGCCGAGACCAGGAAGCGCUCUCCUACGCUGAGCAGUCAGUUUAAGCGUUCUCUGGAGCUGCUGAUGAGAACGCUCAGCGUCUGCCAACCCUUCUUCGUCCGCUGCAUUAAGCCGAAUGAAUACAAAAAGCCCAUGUUGUUUGACCGGGAGCUGUGCAUCCGGCAGCUGAGAUAUUCUGGAAUGAUGGAGACCAUUCGAAUUCGCAGGGCAGGGUAUCCCAUACGAUACACGUUUGUGGAGUUUGUGGAUCGAUAUCGUGUAUUAAUGCCUGGAGUGAAACCUGCAUAUAAACAGGGUGAUCUCCGGGGGACAUGCCAGCGCAUUGCAGAGUGGGUAUUGGGAAAAGAUGACGAUUGGCAAAUCGGCAAAACGAAGAUCUUCUUAAAGGAUCACCAUGACAUGCUGUUAGAGAUUGAACGAGAUAAAGCCAUCACUGACAAAGUCAUCCUCAUCCAGAAAGUGGUCCGAGGGUUCAAAGACCGGUCCAAUUUCUUAAAAAUCCGAAAAUCUGUUCUGCUGAUCCAGAAAUACUGGAGAGGACAUAACUGCCGGAAAAAUUAUACUCUGAUGAAAAUUGGGUUUCUGCGACUCCAAGCUCUAUACCGCUCUAGGAAACUGCACAAACAGUACCAUAUUGCUCGCCAGCGUAUCUGUGAUUUCCAAGCACUAUGCCGCGGUUACCUGGUCCGCAAGGCCUUCAGACACAGACUGUGGGCAGUAUUUACCAUCCAGGCCUAUUCCAGGGGCAUGAUCGCACGCAGGCUUUACAAGCGCCUUAAAGGAGAGUAUCACCGAAGGUUGGAAGCUGAGAAGAUUCGAUUGGCAGAGGAGGAACGUUUCAGAAAAGAGAUGAGCGCCAAGAAAGCUAAGCAAGAGGCAGAGAAAAAACACCAAGAACGCUUGGCCCAGCUUGCCCGUGAAGAUGCAGAGCGAGACGUAAGAGAGAAAGAAGAAACUCGGAGAAAGAAGGAACUCCUGGAUAAGAUGGAGAAGGCCAAGAAUGAACCAGUCAAUGACUCGGACAUGGUGGAUAAAAUGUUUGGCUUCCUUGGGACCACAUCAUUUCCGGGUCAGGAAGGGCAGGCACCAAGAGGAUUUGAGGACCUUGAACGCACUCAGGAGCCAAUGGAGGAAGAGGAUUUGGACCAGUCGUUGCCUCUCCCAGACGAGGAAGAAGAAGAUCUUUCAGAGUAUAAAUUUGCAAAGUUUGCUGCAACAUAUUUUCAGGGAACCACCACUCAUACCUACAUCCGAAGACCCUUGAAACAGCCCCUGCUUUACCAUGAAGAUGAAGGGGACCAGUUGGCUGCCCUCGCUGUCUGGAUAACUAUUCUCCGUUUCAUGGGGGAUCUUCCAGAACCUAAAUACCACACAGCCAUGAGCGAUGGCAGUGAGAAGAUCCCGGUGAUGACCAAGAUCUAUGAGACUCUGGGAAAGAAGACAUACAAGAGGGAACUCCAAGCUCUGCAGGGAGAGGGGGAGAGUACCCACAUCGACAGCCAUAAGAAGAACAGUGUGCGGCACAAGCUGGUCUCAUUGACCUUAAAGAAAAAGUCCAAACUGACAGAAGAGGUGACCAAGAGGCUACACGAUGGUGAGUCUACUCUGCAUGGAAACAGUAUGCUUGAAGACCGCCCAACGUCUAAUCUGGAAAAACUCCAUUUCAUCAUUGGAAAUGGGAUCCUGAGGCCAGCAUUAAGGGACGAAAUUUACUGCCAAAUCUCCAAGCAACUCACACAGAAUCCCUCUAAGAGCAGCCACGCAAGAGGCUGGAUCCUUAUGUCUCUGUGUGUGGGAUGCUUCGCUCCAUCGGAGAAGUUUGUCAAGUAUAUAAGAAACUUUAUCAACGGAGGACCCCCUGGCUAUGCACCGUAUUGCGAAGAGCGCCUUCGAAGAACAUUCGCUAAUGGUACCAGGACACAGCCACCAAGCUGGCUGGAACUGCAGGCUACAAAGUCCAAAAAACCAAUAAUGUUGCCGGUCACUUUUAUGGAUGGAACGACGAAGACCUUGCUCACCGAUUCAGCCACAACUGCAAAGGAACUCUGCAAUUCACUAGCGGACAAAAUCAGCCUUAAGGACAGAUUUGGGUUUUCAUUAUACAUAGCACUGUUUGAUAAGGUGUCCUCGUUGGGUAGUGGAACUGACCAUGUAAUGGAUGCUGUGUCUCAAUGCGAACAAUAUGCAAAGGAACAGGGUGCGCAGGAAAGAAACGCUCCUUGGAGACUCUUCUUCAGGAAGGAAAUAUUUACUCCAUGGCACAACCCAGUAGAGGACAACGUGGCAACCAAUCUCAUCUACCAGCAGAUUGUCAGAGGGGUGAAAUUUGGAGAAUACAGAUGUGAAAAGGAAGAAGACAUGGCUGAACUGGCAUCACAACAAUAUUAUGUAGACUAUGGCUCUGCGCUGAUAAUGGAAAGAUUAUUAAAUCUCAUACCAUCCUAUAUUCCGGACCGAGAGAUAACACCAUCCAAAAAUGUGGAGAAAUGGUCCCAGUUUAUUAUUGCAGCACAUAAAAAGGGUAUAUAUACACAAAAGAGAACGGAUCCUCAAAAAGUUAAGGAAGAUGUGGUGGACUUUGCUCGGUUUAAGUGGCCAUUGCUGUUCUCUCGAUUUUACGAGGCCUUCAAGUUUUCAGGACCAAGUUUGCCUAAAAAUGAUGUGAUAGUUGCUGUCAACUGGACUGGGGUUUACUUUGUAGACGAACAGGAGCAGGUUCUCUUAGAACUCUCUUUUCCAGAGAUUACAGCAGUUUCCAGUAGCAGAGGUGGUAAAUUGCAAGGACAGAGCUUCACGUUGGCCACCAUUAAAGGAGAUGAAUACACAUUUACUUCCAACAAUGCUGAAGAUAUCAGAGAUCUGGUGGUGACUUUCCUCGAAGGUCUUAGAAAAAGGUCCAAGUACGUGGUGGCACUUCAAGACAAUCCAAAUCCAGCUGGUGACGGUUCCGGCUUUCUGAGUUUUGUGAAAGGAGACUUGAUCAUUCUGGACCAGGAUAGUGGUGAAACUGUGAUGAAUUCUGGUUGGGCCCACGGCUAUAAUGAAAGAUCCAAACAGAAAGGAGAUUUUCCAACGGAGUGUGUGUAUGUGAUGCCAACCGUCACCAAACCACCUCAGGAGAUUGUGUUGUUAGUGACAAUGACUCCAGACCAGAAACACGACGUGGUCAGGCCAGUCCAGAUGACCACACCAGAUCAAGAGGAGAAGGUGAAGCCAUACACACUAGAAGAAUUUUCCUAUGAUUAUUUCAGGCCACCACCGAAGCACACCUUGAGUCGUGUUAUGAUCACAAAAAAUCGAGGGAAAGAUAAACUCUGGAGCUACACCCGUGAACCCAUCAAGCAAGCGCUUCUGAGAAAGGUCUUAAUGAGCGAUGAGCUAUCACAGGAGGCCUGUAUGGCAUUCAUUGCUAUAUUGAAAUAUAUGGGUGAUUAUCCAUCAAAGCGCAUGCGCUCUGUCAAUGAGCUGACCGACCAAAUCUUCGAAGGUGCCUUGAAAGCCGAACCCCUAAAAGAUGAGGUGUACUGUCAGAUCCUGAAGCAACUCACCGACACCCACAUCAAAUACAGCGAGGAGAAAGGCUGGGAACUGCUCUGGUUGACCACUGGGCUCUUUCCACCCAGCAACAUCCUACUGCCCCACGUGCAAAGAUUUAUCCAAUCUCGUAAACAUCAUAUCCUGGCAGGAGACUGUAUGCACAGACUGCAAAGAGCACUCAGGAAUGGCUCCAGAAAAUAUCCUCCACAUUUAGUGGAAGUAGAGGCGAUUCAGCACAAGACAACGCAGAUUUUUCACAAAGUGUAUUUUCCUGAUGACACGGAUGAGGCAUUUGAAGUGGAGUCCAGCACCAAAGCCAAGGAUUUCUGCCAAGAUAUUGCUAACCGCCUGCUUCUGAAAUCUCCCGAAGGUUUCAGUUUGUUUGUGAAGAUCUCCGAUAAGGUCAUCAGUGUCCCAGAAGGAGAUUUUUUCUUUGAUUUUGUGAGACAUCUUACAGACUGGAUAAAGAAAGCGAGGCCUUCGAAAGAUGGGAUAGUACCUUCCCUGACGUACCAGGUGUUCUUCAUGAAGAAACUAUGGACAAACACUGUGCCUGGAAAAGACCCGAUGGCUGAUUCCAUCUUCCACUAUUAUCAGGAGUUGCCUAAGUAUUUGCGUGGAUACCACAAGUGCACACGAGAAGAUGUCUUGCAAUUAGGGGCUCUGAUCUACAGGGUCAGGUUUGAAGAUGACAAGUCUUGCUUCCCCAACAUUCCAAAGCUGCUGAAAGAGCUGGUCCCCCAAGAUCUUAUUCGGCAACUGAAUCCAGAUGACUGGAAGAGGUCCAUUAUAGCGUAUUUUAAUAAGCAUGCUGGGAAAACACGAGAAGACGCCAAGGUUGCCUUCCUUAAGAUAAUCUUCAAAUGGCCCACGUUUGGGUCAGCUUUCUUCGAAGUAAAGCAAACUACUGAGCCACAUUUCCCAGAGAUCCUCCUGAUAGCUAUCAAUAAACAUGGUGUCAGCUUAAUAGACCCGAAGUCGAAGGAUAUUGUGGCCACUCACCCCUUCACGAAGAUUUCUAACUGGAGUAGUGGGAACACCUACUUCCACAUCACCAUCGGCAAUCUUGUGAGAGGCAGCAAGCUGCUAUGCGAGACCUCGCUGGGUUACAAAAUGGAUGACCUCCUUACAUCUUACAUCAGUCAAAUGCUGACGUCAAUGAGCAAACAGAGGCCAACGAAAGGAAGUAAGUGAAUAGAGGUGCAGCGGUGGCAUCUGGCCAUAGACUUUAUUCGCUCUUUGAAGCCAGUGGGUUAUCCCUGCAGCUGGGGGAAGACAUUCUCUCCCCAGGUCUGGAACAUGAGCAGGUCAGAAUCCCGAAUCUCAUCUGCUUCUGAAGAUUCGUUGAACCCAUCAUCCAGCGAAGAUGACUAUCUGUGAUCAGUAGAGUCUUUUUGAAUUCCACCAAGUGUGUUCAGCUGGAACAGGGUGCAUAGAGUAUUAAUGUCAAUAAGACCUCUACAAAUGAUCACGAGGAAAGAAUUUCCAUGGGGUCAUUUUUAUUUCUUUUUAAAGUUUUAUCCAAAGCUGUUCAGCAGCUACUUUAUUAUGAAAACCAGAGAAGAUAAAGCUACCACUGAUGUCGAGGAUAUUCACGGAUUACGGAUAUUAACAAGUGGCACUCAUGAAGAACAAAUGUAAAUGAAUUUAAGAGAGAUAAAUAUAGAUAAUAUAUUGCAGAUUACAGUCAUAUAGUAUUCUUUAAGUAUAGAAGAGUACAUUUUAAUUACAUGAUGUAUUAAUUUAUUUAACUUAAAAUGAUGUACCCCUCUGUUUUUAAAUAUUUGGAUUUGAAAAAAAGAUUUAAAAUUAUUCUGAAGAAAUUGUGUUGUUGAUUUUGUUUGACCUUUCAUCGUUUCUUGCUUGGUGUGGGUUACAAACAUCAGUGUAUGGACUUAAAGGGGCACUGUAUCCCUAAAGCAAAUAAUCUAUGUGUGAAGAGAC